GAAAAAUAGAGGAGUGAAAUGGAAUAACAAAAUUUGACAUUUUCUUAGAGACAUGCUUAGAAAUUUAAUGGAGCAUUAAUAGAGAUGAUAUCAAUGUCUUUAUUUGCUUAUGGGUAAUAAUAUAUGAGAAUGUAGGAUUGUAUGUUCAAAUGGAAGUGAUGGUAAGAUAGCGUUAGCAUUUUUUGGAUCUUUAGCUUUAUGUGCACCAAUUAGUGGUGGACAUAUAAAUCCCGCUGUAAUUUAAUAAUAAUAAAUAGGUAACAUUAGCAAUGUGGUUGACUAGAUAAAUAUCAACUGGUACUUGUUUAUUAUAUUGGAUUGCUUAACUGAUUGGUGCAUUUGGAGGAGCAUUCUUUUGUUAUAUGAUUUUGGGAUAAAUAAAUAGUCCAAUGGUGACAGAUUUGAAUUUUCAUUGGAUUAUAGCUGAUUUUAGUGGUGAAGCUUUAGGAUCAUUCUCUUUUAUUCUAAUGAUAUUAAUUUAAUGUAAAAAUAUACAAAUACAUAAAAGGUAAUCCUAGAACAACUUUUUCUGAUAAACCAAUAGCUAGUAUUACAUUGAUAGCAUUAUCAUUACAUUUAUCAAGAUGUUAUACUUUUCAUUCUGGAGGUAUAUAACAUUGAUUUUGUAGGUUGCUUAAAUCCUGGAAUGGCAGUGGCUUUAGAAUUAUUUCAAGUUUUGAAAACUAAUGAAGUAGAAAGAUUGAAUUCAAUGUGGGUAUUCAUUGCAGGACCUUUUGCUGGAGCUAUAUUUGCUGUUAUUUUCUUUAAAUUAAUUUAUUCACCAGCAUUUAAUAGAUAUUAUAAAAUUGCAUGA